ACUUUCAAAAUAUUUUAUGAUUUUAUAAUACUUGUGCAGAGUAAAUGUUUUUCUAGUAUUAUAAAAUGUCACACUUACUCAGAAUAAUGCAUGAGUUAGUGUAGACGUUUGACUGGGACACUUUAAUUUGAUUUAUGUUCUUUUCUCUGAUGGAUCCUGCUCUGAAAUUAACUGGCUGCUUUAUAUAUACAUUAUGUGAGUGUAUUCAUUUCAUAUAUUUGACCCAGACUGUGUGAAAAUGAAGUCUAUCAAUGCGUUUAUUUAGGAGCUUUUUAGCAGUAGAGCUAAAAGUUCAAAGGGAUUUUAAUGUACUGUCCCUCAGUCUGCUGAGUCUGUAGCAGACAAUUUUGUUCUUUUUCGGUGACUAUCUGCUCUUUUCGCAUCCGACACAAGACUCUGCAGUAAGUAAAUAUCCACAGAGGCCCACAUACUGAUACAGUUUUAUAAAAGUAUAUUCUAUAACAUUCCUCUGACAUUUGUAUGCUUUAAAUAGGUGAACGGUACUUUAGAUUUAUAAUCACCUAAAAUAUAAAUCUACACUCCUCUUCAGAUCAGAAAUACAUUAGACAAGUUUUUUUUUAGAGUUAUUUGGAUCAGUGGUUUCUGAUCAAUGUUCAUGAUAAUUUGUAUAUCAAGGAACUGACAUCACAGCCAAUUGUUCACUCAGUGGUGCUACUUUCAGUCAUUAUACAAAUGUACUGUUUAUAAGGUUGGGAAACCUGCAGUCAGCUGAGACUGAAGAAGUCACUUGGAUGAGUGAUGAAAAGAUUUCCUGCUCAAAACGUUACGUCCAGAUGAACAGAAUCAAGUUUUUGGGAUUCAGAGUCAUUUCUAUUCAGCAUGUUCAGCUGCAUAAAAACACAAUUACACAGCGAUAAUAUCCGUGCAGUCAUAAAAUCCAUAUUAGAGAUCAAAGAGUCUUUGAAGUGAAUCUAUCGUGAGUGCAAAAACUUUGAUAUGACAAAAUUGAAAUCCUUUACAUCCUGAACAUUAUUUUUAAAUCCUUGGAUUUAUUGUUUGAGAACUCUGAAAAUAGUAUGAAGAAAAAAAGUUUCAUUCAAAAUGAAACUGAAACUUUCAAAAAGUUGAUUUUUGCACUUUCCAUUUUCUUAUGUGUUUCUUCCACUGACAAAAACAUGUUUAUGUGACAGAAUAACAACAAAGUGAUCAGAUAAGAAAUGAAGUGUUUAUCUACUGUCUACUUCAGCUGUGAUAGGAAUUAACUGAAUCAAAUUAUAGAUGUUAUAAAUAAUGCUGUGAUUAAAAGUUCUUGUUCGUGGUUUUACUGUUUAGGGUACAAUGAAGAAUGUGGAGCUGCAGAGCUCUCCUCCUCUCAGUAUUAACUGUGAAUCUCUUCUGUGCUGCAGUGGGUCAAAGUAACUUCACUAUGAGUGAAGAACAGGAGAUCUACCAAGCUGAAGACAAAAGUAACAUCACGAUAACAUGGCUGCUAAAUUUCCACACCAACAGGCCUCCUGACUUCCUGCAAACAGACUUAAUGAAUGUGAAAAGGAAAACACAGGUUUUCUUCUAUGACAGUAAGACUGGCACUGAGGUGUAUCCAGAUGAGAACUACAGAGGACGACUGCAGUGUGAGCCACAGCUCGCCAGGAAAGGACGACUUGAAUGUCUCUUAACUGAUCUCAGGCUCAACGACACGGGGACAUAUCACUGCAUCGUUGUCCUUAACGAAGAAGUUCGUUCCAAAACAUGUGACCUCAAUGUUACAGCAGCGUUUGAAAAACCUGUGGAAGUGACAUCAAAACCAGCGAACUCUAAGAGGAUCGGCCUCCACGCAGCUCUGGCUUUGUUUGCAGUGAGUGAACUCCUGGAGACCAGAGAACUUCUGCAAGGACAUAACAGUCUCCCCACCAGUUGAAGAGCCCCCCAGGUGGCUCGAUGCACCAGAGGCCCCCCGCGCCAGGGCUGAGCCCCCAUGCACCCACCCGCCCACAACCUUGGCAACACACCAACCAGGACCCAAGUCCCCA